AACUAGUCAGUGUGUUGCGUCUAUGGGUGGUGUUAGUACGCGUCUGUAUGAACUCCCAGCCUGACAGAAUUUGUGUUUUUUUUUUCUUUUUUAGUAACCACGCCUACACAGUGGCUGCCAAGGCUUACCCAUGAGUUAAACCUUCUUUAGUUGGUAAUGAGGAAGGAGUGGGCUCUAGCAGUGGACACCCGAAGGCAGCAGUGGGUGAAAACAAGCAAAAUAAAGAAAAGUUUGGCUGUGAGAAGGUGCUAAGGAGGCAGGAAGGUACCACCACCAUGACCACCACAGGGAAGUGAAAGGUGACAGGCGUGAACAGAAGAGAGGGGCACUGAAUGGAAGAACAGGAACAGGCAACAUGGCAAAGAAUAUGAGACAGAAGGUGGUGGAGGAGAUAUUGGCCACGGAGGCGACUUACCUUAGGCAGCUGGAGAUACUGGACAAGUUUUUCGUUCAACCGAGCCGGGAGAAGGGAAUCCUGCCCCCCACGGUUCAUCACACGGUCUUUGGGGGGCUGGUGGCGCUGCAGGAAGUUAGCCGGGAGCUGUACCAAGCACUCCUGCCGGGGAAGGACGCGAAGGAGGAGGAGGAGAAGGAUGUAGGCCAAAUAUUCUUACAGCUGGCACCGUUCCUCAAAGCGUACUCUACAUAUGUGAAAAAUUACCAGGGAGCCUUGGAUAUGUUGAUGGAGUGUGAGGGACGCAUCAGCUCAGUCCGUCAAUGGGUGGAGGCUACAGAGGGACGGCCAGAGGUGCAGACCAAACUUCCUGCCCUUCUCAUCACCCCUGUGCAGCGUAUACCUCGUUACCUCCUCCUCCUGAGCCAGCUGCUGCACCACACCCCACCACACCACCCACACCAACACAGCAUUGCCAAGGCAGUGGAGGAGGUGGAGGGUGUGGCGCGGUUCGUGGAUGGCAGCAUUAGUGAGGCGGAGAACUACCAGCGCGUGUUAAUGAUUCAACGAGCUCUGAAGGGCGGCCGGCCAACUAUCAUGGCUCCUGGACGCUGGUUGGUCAAGGAGGGACUGCUGCAUAAGAUGGCUCGCAAUGGCAGCUCGUCACACCCACGCCUGUUCUUCCUGUUCUCCGAUGUUCUCAUGUACACCAAGCUGCCCCCUGGAGCCUCCCCCCUCACCCACACACACAGAGACAUCACCACCACAGCACCACCACCACCACCACCACCAACACCACAACCACCACCAGCAUCGCCCAGUACAGCCACAUCUGACUACCGUCCAAACUCAUUAGACUUCUGCUGUGUGCUUCCUCUGCGUCACUGUGUCGUCAUCCCCUUGCUGGGCAGCGGGGCACGGGAGCUGUUCAGGAUUAAGUGCGAAUCGGAGGACCUGCUUCUGUACAGCUCGGAGGAGGCAGGAGGGGGCGGAGGGGAGUGGGUGGCAGCGCUGAAGAAGGCAGUGGAGCAGGCAGUGAGGAAGAGGAGGACCCUGAGAAAGGACUCAACCUCUCGGAAACCAAUAAGAAGGCAGGAUUUGAAGAGAGCGGGUGUGGAGAACCAUCCUGCAUCCACCAGCACCACCACCACUACCACCACCACCACCAGCACCUCCACCUCUACCAAAUCUCCUUGCCCAUCUCUAGUUAAGAUCCUGCACCACCUUCCACCCAGUUGUGCCUCCUGGCUUUCCCCUAAGAGGUGGAAAAGUGGAACUAACCCUACUACUACUACUACCACUAUUACUACUACUGCUACUACUACUACUACUAUUACUACUGCUACUUCUCCACUUUCCAGUAUAGUUAAAUCUCCAAAAAGUACAAAUCUAUCCACAUGUAGGUCUCCAUUUUCCUCUUCCACUAAGUCCGAGAAAUUGUCUUCCACUUCCUAUGCCUCCACCUCCUCCUACUCAUAUUCUACACCAACUAGGCUUGUUUCCACUAAUGCUUCUCUUCCUUCCACGUCAUAUAAGCCUAAUGUUGCUGUCUCUUCCACCUCUUCCACUUUCUCCACCUCCUUCACGCCAAAUAGAUCUGUUUUCACUAAUGUUUCACUUCCUUCUACUUCAUGUGAGCCUAAAAUUAUUAUCUCUUCCACCUCAUCCACCCCGUACUCCUCCUCUUCCACUUUCUCGAUCUCUUCCACGCAAUCCACACCAACCAGACAUGUUCACACUAAUGCUGCUCUUCCUUCCACUUCAUAUGAGCCUAAAAUUAUCAAUUCUUCCACCUCCUCCACCCCUUACUCCUUCUCCUCUACCUACUCCACCUAUUCCACUCCACCCAAACAUGCAUCCACUCCAGCUGCUAACUCCACUACUAUUGCCAUCUCUUCCACCUUAAAUACUGCUAACAUAACCUCUUCCUCCUCCACUUAUUCCACCUUCUCCACAUUCUCUCCACCUCGGCCGGUCUCCACCACCACCAUCACCACCUUGUCCUCCACCUCCACUAAAUCUCUCAAAAUAGCAUCUCCCACUACCUCCACUGUCUCCACCUUCUCCACUAGGCCUGUCUCCACCCCAGCAGACUACUUCACCUCCACUUCCUCAUCAUCUCCAUAUUUUAACCCCUAUUCCUCCACCUCACCUCCGUUCUCCACUCUCUUCCCCUCCUCUCCCUCUUCCACCUCCUCCUCCACUUCUAAUCACACCAAGAGGGGGAAGAGGCCCCGAGAUCUGCCCCAAAGUGGAGAGGAUAGGCGGAAGAGAAUCAGACGGCCUUUCUCCCUUCUCCAGAGCCCUUAAAGAGUGCGGUAAGUGGAUUUUGGUGGUUUUAAGUGGAAUUAAGUGGAUUUUGGUGGUUAUUAAGUGGAAUUAAGUGAAUUUUGGUGGUUUUUGAGUGAAAUGAAGUGGAUUCUUGUGGUUAUUAAGUGGAAUUAACUGGAUUUUGGUGGUUUUAAGUGAAAUCAAGUGGAUUUCUUAUUAUUUCUAAGUGGAAUUAAGUGAAUUAUUAUAUUUAAGUGGAAUCAAAAGGAAUUUUUUAUGAUUUAAAAUGAAAUUAAAUGGAUUUUUAUUAUUUGCAAGUGGAAUUAAGUGAAUUUAAAUAUGUUUAAGUGGAAUUGGGUGCUUUUAAGUGGAAAUAUGUGGAAUGUACCUGUUCUGUGUGGAAUUUUGUAGAUCUGGAUGGCUUGAAGUGGAAUGAAGUGGAUUUUGAUGGUUUAUAAGUGGAAUGAAGUGGAUCUUGAAGGCUUAUAAGUGGAAUUUUGUAGAUCUUGAUGGUUCUGAGUGGAAUGAAGUGAAUCGUGAUGAUUUAUAAGUGGAAUUACGUGGAUGUUGAUGAUUCGAAGUGGAAUGGAGUGGAUCUUGACGGUUCUAAGUAAGUUUGCAGAUGAUUAAGUGGAUUUCAGUUGUCUCUAAGUGGAAUUAAGUGGAUUUAAGUAAAUUAAUGAGCAUUUCAAAGUAAUUUAAGUAUGGUAGCAGUGAAAUUGUAGUUUAUCUAAGUUACGUAAGUGGAUUUAAGUGGAUACAGGAAUGUUUAAGUGGAUCCAGGAGUAUAUAAGUGGAUUUAAGUGGAUUCAGUGGCAUUUAAGCGAAUUUUUUUAGCAUUUAAGUGGAUCCAGGAGUAUAUAAGUGGAUUUAAGUGGAUUCAGUGGCAUUUAAGCGGAUUUUUUUAGCAUUUAAGUGGAUCCAGGAGUAUAUAAGUGGAUUUAAAUGGAUUCAGGAACAUUUAAGUGGAUUUUUUAGUAUUCAAGUCGAUUUAAGUGGAUUUUGGAGCUUUUAUGUAAACUCAGGAGCAUUUAAGUGGAUUCAGGAACAUGUAAGUAGAUUUAAGUGGGUCCAAAUGCAUUUAAGUAUAUUUUAAGUAACCGCAAGUGCAUUUAAGUGAAUUUUUUGAAGAAUGUAAUCCCCGUUUUAAGUGGGCAUAAUUUUUUUUUAUUCAGUUUUAUGUGUUUAGUAUAUAAGUGUGCCUUUUGAGAGAGAGAGAGAGAGAGAGAGAGAGAGAGAGAGAGAGAGAGAGAGAGAGUAUAACAAUGAAAUUAAAUAAGCACUAAAAUCCGCAAGAGAAAGAUUAGAAGACAGUAAUACGUAAUAAUGACAUAGGGAAAUAAAAGAAAAGAAAAAAAUAUAAGAAAAAAAUUACCAUCGCAACAACAACAACAACAACAACAACAACCUAACCGACUACAAAUUAUAUUCCACAGAUAACAUUAAUUUUGAUAGCAACGAACAAAACCAAAUAAGCUUAAUUCUUUCUACAUGUUAAACAAAAACAAAAAAGACAAAACAAACAUUCCAACAAUGGGCCAGAUUUAUUAUUAUUAUUAGUAGUAGUAGUAUUUAGACAGGAAAAGACAAAUAGGCAGCUUAUUAAUUUAACGAACUAAUUGUAAGAAAUGACUAGAGGAGGCUAGGCUAAGUGUGUGUGUGUGUGUGUGUGUGUGUGUGCUUUCAGUAUUGCCAAGAAUCUCUCCUCGUAUCACAGUGUUAAAGGAAAUUAUAUAUAUAUAUAUAAGAUUGUUGCCUCAUUGUAGCGCUGUUGCAAAAUUGAAGUUCAUGUUUGUGUAUGUCGAAAAUCUGAAGAAUCAUUUUUGUAUAGAUGGAUGGAUAGAUAAAAUUGAUAUAAAGGUAGAUAAAUAGAGAUAUAUGAAUAGAUAGACAAAUAAAUAAAAAAAACAAUAUUUUCCUAGUGUCAUAUAAAAGUUAUUUUGAGAUUAUUAUUUUUAUUACGGCAGAUUACACUACACUUAAAAGAUUACAGUUAUCAUUUUUUUUUUUUAAGUAGCAAAGCACCAUUGAUAUAAAGCCAGUUGAGAUUAUGUAUGUGAUAUAUGAAGAAAUGAAAUUAAUAAUAGUAAAUAAAUAAAUAAAUAAGAAAUGUUUGGGGUUUGCCAGCUUGGUAUACAGAUAAACUACUACUACUAUUACUACUACUAUUACUGUGUCUUAUGUUAGAUUUUUAAGUUCAAUAAUCAUAACUAUACACUGAUAAUUAUGUUUUUUUUUUUUUUUAGUUCAAUGAUUAUAAAUGUAGUUGAUAAUUAUAUAUAUAUACGCUGUUAUUCUUAUGAGUUUAUGUAUAACUCUUGUAUAAUUUGUAUAACGGCCCGGUUUGUGUGUGUGUGUGUGUCUGUGUGUUGGUGCUAUCAUGAAUUGUACAAGUAAUGAUUAGUGUGUAUAUGUACGUACAAUACUCUCUCUCUCUCUCUCUCUCUCUCUCUCUCUCUCUCUCUCUCUCUCUCUCUCUCUCUCUCUCUCUCUCUCUCUCCUUGAGUAAUUUUUUCCUUCUUUUCUUCUUCAUGUUCUUGUUUUUUCUUGUUUUUCUUUCAUUUCCUUUUAUAAUCUUCCUCCUCCUUCUCCUCUUCCUCCAAUCUUGCCAAGGAACCAAAGAAAACAACAACAAUAAUAAUAAUAAUAAUAAUAAUAAUAAUAAUAAUAAUAAUAAUAAUGUUUCCUUACGCGCAUUUUACAAGUGUGGUUUUUUGAGUCACCCUGUAUUCUCCCGUUGAAAUAUAUGCAUGUGUGUC